AUGAAUUCACCGAGCAUUUUAAAAACUACGCGUCGUUCACGAGGUUAUCGAAGUCUAAGCAAUGAAACAUCUAAUGAGACAGAUACAAAAUUAUCCACUACAUAUGACACUGAUAACAACAAUAAUAGAAGUACAAGACGUACCAGUACAACAUCAUCUAUACACUUUGCAACUAAUUUAGUUUAUAAUCUGCUAAGUCCUAAAUAUUCCCCAGUAUUUCGUAAUUCACGAUUUAAACAAAAAACAACACGUCAUGAGUCAAGUAGAAUACCGAACAGGAUUUAUAAUUUACACUCGUCCAUGUCAUCAGAAACAUCAUCUUUAGAAUCAUUGGAUUCAUUAAGUUCAACUGACUUGUUACCUUCAGUUGAAGUGAAAAAGCAUGCAAAGAAAUUAUUAAUUAAACAAAAUGAUGAAAAAGAUGAGAUCACAAGAGAGUCACGGAAUAAUAAUUAUCAACUGACAGAGUAUGAUCGGUCUGGUAGCAAGAAUGAACAUGAUGAGACAAAUAGUCAACAAUUAUUGGAUAUUUAUGCAACUAAACAAAUUGACAAUUGUUUAAAUAAUAAUCCUCUUUUUGAAUUUUGUAUAAUUGAACAAAGUAAAUUGAAUCAUUUGACGUAG